AUGAGACCGGACCUAAUGGUAAAUGCUUCGCCGGGUGCUUGGGGUGUAUGUAGUGACUCCGGAUGGAUAACAGCUGAGCUAUUUUUACAAUGGUUUAAGAAAUUUGUAGUUUUUAGCGGAGCAUCAAAAGAUAAUCCUGUUUUGUUGCUGUUAGACGGACAUUCUAUUCAUACAAAAAAUUUCGGACUCAUUGAUGAAGCAAGAGCAAAUGGAGUUAUAAUAUUAUACUUUCCGCCCCAUACUACACAUUGCCUUCAACCACUCGAUGUAGCGUUUAUGAAACCUUUGAGCACAUAUUAUGAUCAAACAAUAACCACGUGGCUUCGUUCAAAUCCAGGCCGCGUAGUUACUCCGUUUCAAGUAGCAGAGUUUGGCAAGGCCUUUACUCAGACAGCGACUAUGUUAACUGCGACUAACGCUUUUAGAAAAUGUGGAAUCUGGCUAUAUGAUCCCAUGACGUUUACAGAGGUUGAUUUUAUAGCAUCUGCAACAACUGAUAUUCCUUUGAAUGACAAUAUAGAUCCUAUACCAAACGUGAUCAUUCCAAAUAAAGACGCAAUGCCCAUUCAGACACUUGUAAAACAGACCACAAAUCAAACAGAUGAUGCUCAAGCUGGUUGUUCAUUUUGA